UAAAUUUAAAAAAUAAACAUUACCUUGGAAAAAUUUACUCCGCAAAGUGGCGUGUUGUCCAUUAUUUUCAAGGUAAUGUCAGUUUAUCCCUUACUUAUAUAUGGGUUAUACAUGUGCGUAUUAUAUUAUAUAUGGGUUGUACAUGUAUGGUUUAUAUUAUAUAUGGGUUAUGCAUGUAUGGGUCGUAUUAUAUAUGGGUUAUACAUUUAAAAAUAUAUAUAUUUACCAAGAAUGUUCAAUACCAGUCCUAAUAACAGGAUAGAAAACUAAUGCCAAGGUCUGGUGAACACACUUCAAGUCAGUCAUCACCCUGUUUUGUAUUGAUACGGUUCUUGUGUUACAAUUUGUACAGAUGAGGAGUUUGAUGUACAGUGUAGGCUUGAGGUACAGUACAAAGCUUGUGUUGCAGGUUUGUGUUGUUCUUUUUCUGCCAUCUGUUUUAUAGACACAGCAGUAGCAUUGGAUGUUCUAUCUAACAAUACAACCUUGCCAUUAGUCUUGUUCCCACGUUUCAUGCAUCACACAGUAUUCUUCAGUGUGUUAAAGGUCAUUGACCUCAUGCUAUGACAUGCUUCUACGUGGGUAGUAGUAUCCUGUCUGAUGAUGAGGCAGUGGACAUGUUUUUCUUGAAACAGCUGAAAGGAAUUCACUGUUGCUGAUUUGAAAGUGUUAGAGCACAUCAAGAAAAAUAAUCAUGGGGCUUGGAUAAACAUGUCUGUCUCUUCAUUUCUUGGAAUAGAUUAAACUGAAUCUGUGAACAAUGUUGUGUCAGUCUAUGAAAUGUGUUUCACUAUGAGCAACCAGCUGUGUUUGCGUAACAGUUUUAAUAGAUGUGGUGUCUGGAAAUAUAAUGCAAAAAGGGUUAGUCACAGUCAGCCCUGAGUACGUUGAGAUGAAUACUGUAGAGAGGAACCGUAUCACUUCCUGUCCAAUACACUCUCCUAUUGGAUGAGAGCAGUUGUGGGUGGAAGCAGGAGAAUGUAUGUUAGCUCUUUGUGAGUGCAGCUGAGUUAACGAAAAACCUGAGACGGGGAGUGAAGAAUAAACAUUAUCUGGACCAGGCUUUUUGUUCAAGGAAAGAGGAAGUGUGUUUUGUUAGCGUACCUCAGAACAGUAGAAGAAAACCAUGGCAAAGAGAGAGAAAGCCAAGUCCACCACAGGCAAAGCAGAGGGCCCCUAUCGUUGUGUAGAGAACUUUGACAACCUGGCCCGGGAGGACUUUGAGGGAAAGGACUCUCUAGACAAGCUGUUUGAGCAUGCAGUGCAGCGCUUCGGCAAGGCAGACUGCCUGGGCACCAGGGAGGUCCUAAAUGAGGAGAACGAGACGCAACCCAGCGGCAAGAUCUUUAAGAAGCUGAUCCUGGGGGAGUACAGGUGGCUGUCCUAUGACGAGGUGGACCAGAUCAUCAGUCAUCUAGGUAGUGGACUGGCAGCACUGGGCCAGCAGCCCAAGAGUACCAUCGCCAUCUUCUGUGAGACACGGGCAGAGUGGAUGAUCACUGCACAGGCCUGCUUCAGACGCAACUUUCCAUUGGUCACUCUGUAUGCCACCCUGGGGGAGGAGGCAGUGGCCUAUGGCCUGAAUGAGUGUGGGGCCACUCACCUGAUCACCAGCACAGAGCUACUGGAGACUAAACUCAAGAGUAUUUUGCCAGAAAUGCAUAAUCUGAAGCACGUUAUCUAUGUGGACAACAAGAGCAUCAGAAGGACGGGUUACCCAGAGGGCAUUCAGAUCCACAGCAUGCAGGCAGUACAAGAGCUGGGAGCCAAACCUGACAACUUGAGUAUAGCUGUGCAGCGGCCCCAGCCCACAGACCUGGCUGUGGUCAUGUACACCAGCGGCUCCACAGGACAACCCAAAGGAGUCAUGAUCAUCCACAGCAAUCUUAUUGCUGGCAUGACGGGCCAGUGUGAGAGGAUCCCAGGCCUGGGGCCGAAGGAUACCUACAUUGGCUACCUGCCUCUAGCUCAUGUGCUGGAGAUGACUGCUGAGAUCUCAUGUAUGACGUAUGGCUGCAGGAUUGGCUACUCUUCCCCACAAACACUCUCUGACCAGUCAACAAAAAUCAAGAAAGGCAGUAAGGGAGACUGCUCUGUGUUGAGGCCUACUCUGAUGGCAGCUGUACCGGAAAUAAUGGACCGCAUCUACAAGAAUGUGAUGAACAAGGUGCAGGAGAUGAGCUAUGUGCAGAGGACACUGUUUAAACUGGGCUACAACUACAAACUGGAACAGAUCAAAAUGGGCUACGAUGCCCCUCUCUGCAACUUGCUGCUGUUUAAGAAGGUGAAGGCUCAGCUGGGAGGGAACAUCAGGAUGAUGCUGUCAGGAGGGGCGCCCUUGUCCUCCGCCACCCAGCGCUUCAUGAACAUCUGCUUCUGCUGCCCUGUGGGACAGGGUUACGGCCUCACAGAGACCUGCGGAGCAGGUACCAUCACAGAGGUGGCAGACUACAGCACUGGGAGAGUAGGAGCCCCCCUCAUCUGCUGUGAGGUCAAACUACGAGACUGGGUUGAGGGCGGCUACACCAGCCAGGACCAGCCCCACCCCCGUGGAGAGAUCAUGAUUGGUGGGCCCAAUGUUACCAUGGGUUACUAUAAGAGUGAGCACCUGAACAAUGACUUCUGGGUAGAUGAGCAGGGCCAGAGGUGGUUCUGUACUGGGGACGUGGGGGAGAUCCACCCUGAUGGCUGUCUGCAGAUAGUGGACCGUAAGAAGGACCUGGUCAAACUGCAGGCUGGAGAAUACGUGUCCUUGGGGAAAGUGGAGUCUGCUCUGAAAAACUGCCCCCUUAUUGAAAACAUUUGUGCAUAUGCAAACAGUGACCAGAACUAUGUGAUAAGCUUUGUGGUACCGAACCAGAAGCAGCUGACAAUUCUGGCCAAUAAGAACGGCAUCAGUGUCGCCUGGGAGGAGAUCUGUAACCACCCGGCCAUGGAGAAAGAGGUCUUGAAGGCCAUCAAAGAGGUGGCUACCUCAAUCAAACUGCAGCGUUUUGAGAUCCCAGUGAAAGUGCGUCUGAGCCCAGAGCCCUGGACCCCUGAGACUGGCCUGGUGACAGACGCAUUCAAACUGAAAAGGAAGGAGCUGAAGAACCACUUCCAGACUGAUAUCGAGAGAAUGUACGGAGGGAAGUAAAGCCACUAUCUGAUCUAACCUAAGAACGGUUUCCUGACCACUUUCACCAGUGAAAUGAGUGGGUGCGUGUCUGAAUGUGUGUGUAUGCUUGCGUGCGUGUGCAUAUGCUUCAACGCACGUGUGAAACUCAUUCCACGGCAGGCUGAGUGUCUGCGGGAUUUCACUCGUCCCUUGUACUUGAUUGAUGAAAUAAGGUCACUAAUUAGUAAGGAACUCACCUCACCUGGUUGUCUGUCUUAAUUGAAUGGAAAAAUCAAAAACCUGCAGACACUUUGCCCUCUAUGGAAUGAGUUUGACACCCUGCUUCAAAGCAUUAUGUCUGUGAACUGUAGAAUUGUCUUUCCACGUCGUCUCUUUUGUCACAUUAUGAAUGUUAGUCCAUAAAGUUCAGCACAGAGGGAUCAGCUGGUUAGUUACAGCUAUUUGUGUUGGAGAUCGCACAGCGUUGUGUAAAACGCCAUUCGAAUGCAAGUCUUGUAUUUGCAUAUUGUAAUUUGCCUUUGGGAUUUAUUAUGACAUGUCCGUAAAUACUACUAUUUUUGUGUCUAAUUGAGGUAGGAGUCAUAAUGUCCUUUUCUCAAUGAGAUUUGCUCAACUCCUGAGUCCUCUCUUCUCUGUCCCAUCUGGCCUCCUUUUGAAAAAGGUCAACAUAAUUGAUAAAAACAUUUUUGCUGCCCCCUCGUGAGCAAGCACCCACAGUGCUGCUGUAUAAAUUGUUUGCUUGUUCUGUACAUAGGAUCACAUUACUGCCGAGACCCCACAAUCCUUUAGGCUAUUGCACAUAGAUCAAACCUGAGUGUAACUUCGGCCAUUUCUGUCACCUGUGCUUGUGUCAUUUAUGUUUUCAUGUUUUGAACCUGCUCAUGACAUUGUUAUAGUGACACAACCCAACCCAAGUAUGUCACGUUAUGUUUUAGAUUUUUCAGAUAGUAGGUAAUUGGUAUGGUUAAUGUCAUACUUGCUAUGUUACAGCAUGGAUUAUCAAUUUUAUUUGAGCAAAAAUGAAGAUAGUCCUUUAGCCUUCUUUUUUCAUGCUGAUCUCUUCCUACAACUCUGUUGUAUACUGUACAAUAUUUAUAGACGUAGAUAAUGUUUCAAGUCAUCUUUAUAAUGUACUGUAAUAGUUCUACAUUUCUGACCUAUGGAUAUGCCAACUUAAUAGCCUGUAUGCUCUUAAGUAAUUUGACAUACAAAGUUUAUCCAGAUAUGAAAUACUCAAUAUAAUUCAAUGCAAUAUUUUCAUUAUAUGAUGUUGAAAAUCCAAUUGACUUGCAUGUGUAAAAAAAACGUUUUAUUUAAAAUAUUUUGUAUGUAUAUUUAAGGUCAAGUUAAACGUUGAACCAUUUUACAUUUUUUUGGAUGAAUUUGUACUAUUGAACUGUUUAAAGGUCACAAUUGUGCUUCUUGAAACUUUGUGUGGAACCUUAAUGAAAAUGCUGUGUAUCAGCAAGUUUGCUUUAUCAUUCAGAAGCUGUUUAACGUGGCAUAUAUUUUGCAGUAGAAGAGAAUUGAUGGGGUCGUGACAAGUGAAAUGUGCAAAUCAAUGCCAAAAAUAACAUUCCAGGAUGCAUUGCAUUCAUAACAUAUAAUACAAUUUAACGAUUUUGCAAAUAUCCUCAAUGGCCAACACAGCGGGGUGAAACAUACACUGUUCAAAUUAGCCAUGAUACCACUCUAAUCCAUUGAGUCCUAUCACGGCUAUGUUCCAAUAGGAGUGAGAAAGGUCAAAACAUUUUUUUUGUCAAGGUUUUAUUAUUUUUAUACUCAGGGUUACAUCCACCAAGAAUGCGACUGCGGUAGUAUUUAUUUUGAGACCAACCUUUAAUCUUAUUAUGUUAAUUGUGAAGCACUUAGGUUGUGUUUACAAUGGCAGCCCAAUUCUGAUAUUUUUUCCACAAAUUGGUCUUUUGACCAAUCACAUCAGAUCUUUUCACAUCAGAGAUUUUUCAGAGCUGAUCAGAUUAAUCAAAAUACCAAUUAGUUAAAACAAGUUCAGAAUUGGGCUGCCUGUGGAAAUGCAGCCUUAUUCUCUCUCCAUUUAUAUUGAUGUGAUGUUUUGUUAAUUUGUAUUAUUUAUUCAAAUCUGUUAAUAUGUGUAUGAAACAAUGUGUGAUAGGGAUGGGCAGUGUGUACCUUCUGGUUAUGUCAUUUGAAAGUACAUAUUCUUUUUAUAUGAACAUUAAAGCUUUCUGCCCACUGUAAAA